UUUGCAGUUUGAUGUUGAAGUACUAAACUCUUAAAGUAAAAAUUUACAAUAAAUACAUUUCCUAGAAUAUUUUCAAUAUUAAGAGGAGUCUAGAAAAGUUAUUUUUAUUAUUAAUAACUUAUAAUAAUAAUACGUGCAUCAUUUUUAUUUUCUCUCGUGAUAAAUCCAUAAAAUGUCUGGAGAAAUUUACUUCGAAAAUCAACUUCUACGAAAUGUUAAUUGUAAAACCACGUUUGAACUAAAACAUAAAUUAUCUCAACAAUACGGUAUUAACUAUGAUGAUGUUUAUGUGCUAAUCAACGGAAAAAUUGCAAAGUCGGAUGCAGAUUUACAUGAUGGCAGUAAAAUUAGAUUGUGUGCCAGAUUGGUUGGCGGAAAAGGUGGUUUUGGAUCAAUGUUACGUGCCAUUGGCGCUCAGAUUGAGAAGACCACGAACCGUGAAGCAUGUCGUGAUCUCUCCGGGCGUCGACUACGAGAUAUUAAUGAAGAGAAGCGUUUAAGAAAAUGGCUAGAUGGUCAGGAAGACCGAGAUCGCGAAGCUGCAGACCGAAAACGCAAAAAAAUCGAAAAAAUUCUGGCGGAGCCCAAAAUCGACGUGAGCCUGAAUCCUGCAUAUGAAAAAGAAAGGCAAGAGUUGCCAGAACGAGUAAGUGCUGCUGUUGAAGCUGGUUGGGAAGUUGCUGGUUCUUCUAACGAUAAUAGAAAUGGUGACAAUUAUCAACCAAAGAAAAAGAAAGCUAAGUUGUGGAUUGAUGCUGAGCUGUCUGACUGUUCUUCAAUUAGUGACAAUGAAGAUGUGGAUGAGGUAAAGCCACAUGUGACUGGAACAGUCUCAACUGAUAGUGGUAAUGAAUCGGAUCAGACUUCUAAUAGUAAAAAAUGAAUCAUAAUAUAAUGGAACCUUAUUCUAAAAUCAAUAUAAUACUUAAACAAUUAUUGGAAUUUGAUGUUGUUGUUGCCUAAAUCAUACAGAGUAUAUUAAAUGUGGAUACAGCUGUUUGUACUUCUGCAACACAAGUUGUAUGUUUGACUCUGUUGGUCAACAACAUACUUUGCUUUGGUGUUACAAGAGAGUUAUAGGCUGUGAUGACCACAUACCAUCAAGUGCUGACUGUCACUGAUCCUACCAGCAUACGAUACAAUAACACUGGAAGAUACAUUUAUUUGAAACUUUAUAAUUAAUAUCAUAAUAUCCAUAAUUUUUAUUAUAUUACUAUAAAAAAUUAUGGUAAAAAAGAAACUUUACAGGUUAUUUAUUUACAUUCAUUACAUUAUUUACACUCGUUACUUUGUGAAAGUGUAAUGUGUUUAAUAAGUGUGAAUGCUAUUUUAACCAUUCCGUUCCGGGAAACUCUGAUCACAAAGUAUGCCUUGAUCCUUAUGUUUUUUUGUGCUCACACAGUGUUCCGACAAUGAAUAUUAUUUUAUGUGUAGCAAUAGAUUGCAUAUAAUUAGGAUGAUUUGAGUGAAUGCAUCUGAAAGCUAAACCAAAUUAACCACCUUAUAAACAAAGUAAGGGUCAGAAUUUGGUGAGUGAGUAGGGUGCUUGCUGUACGGCACACUCAGUUUUGGUGUAUAUGAAAAGUCUAGUGCCCUGGCGCACUGUCAAGUUAGGAAGGUUAAUAGUUACAAAUGUAUAUAAUUAACAAAAACCAGCCACUGUACAGUGUCAGCAUUGAUUUUCCAUUCCCUUAACUUAUUAUAUAUUGUAAUCCAUUAAUUUUGAAAGAAUUUACUGCAUUUUAUUAUAAUACUAGCUGACCCGACAGACAUUGUUCUGUAUAUAAUAAAUAAAAUAAUGUUUUUAUAUGAAUUUGUCAAUAAUAUAUCAUAACAUCAAAAAUUACUUCGUAAAAUAUGCACACUGCUGUUGUAAUGAUAUUGUUUCACAGCAGAACUGUCAAACCAUGUGUCAAUAAAUUCUCUCAUAGAAAUUAUGUAUGGACACAUCAAAGGAAAAAUAAAUUUGUUGUUUUUAUUUAA